AUGUUGAUCGAAGCCGCUCAUGCUAUAGCAAGUCAAAAUAACCGUCUUUCGAAGUCUACCUACUUAUUAGACGAAAGCAAGAAUCCAAACAAUAUGUCUAUGUCUUAUUGUACAUUUAGCAAUAUUGUAGAACCGGAUUCAGUGGUUGAAGUGGGAUUCGAGAGUUCAAACCGCUCAGACAAGAACGAUGCUCUGGUUAGCGGAUGUGUGGAAAUGACAAAUAACCCCCUACACAACAAACCAACGCAAAGAUCCUAUUGUGACUGUCAGUGUUCGCUGCUAGCUGCCGACCUAUAG